CGAUUGUGGGAAAUAUAUUCACUGCCAUCAGACGAAUAAAUCUGCCUUCUUGAUACUUUCCAGCCUAUAGGUUCCCAAUACGGUGGUGUAAAAGUUUACCAAAAUGUCAGCACAAGAAUCUCCAGAUCAACAACAACCCGCAACAGACGCUGGGAUCGAAGUUUUCUCAAGCCAAGAACCUCAUAUACAAGAUCACGCAAUGGAAGCUCCUGACUCUCCACCCGAUUUUUACUCUGCCCACAACCAUUCUAACACACCAGCUACCACACCUUCUAAGAGCGCUGCUCAGGAAAAGGUUAAUCAUGGUGCGCCUGGUAGUUCGUGGAAUUCAAAGAAGUUUCAGGAGGAAUAUGACAGGGCAUGUGAUGGACUAGUUGACAAGAACUGGGAUGGCAAAACCAGAUAUGGUGACCCGCUGUUGCAGAAAUGAGGAGACUUUAAUGACUAGGUGAUGGUCUACAGCGUGGAUGAUUUUUUAUGAUAGCAUUGUUGCGAAGCAGUUGAGGCAGAAGAUAUGAUAAGAUGCAUAAUGGCUUGGGAGUUGGGAGGAUUUGCUGGCGUUUUAGGAAGAGUAGACGGAAGUAUGGCAAGGAAUAGUCUCUAUCUGCUUAGAAAUGAUGGUGUAGUACAUGCCUCAUUCUACAGUCUGUCUGAUAUCAUCGUAUUUU